AGUUUUUUUGCUUUUGUGUAUUCCUCGGUUUUUAUUCUUGAUUGAGUUGAGUUACAAAACAAUACGGUUGGGCAAUUUUUAUCGAUCAUCGUGUUUUCGUUAAGUCAGGAGUAAUAUUGUUCCGUGAUUAAGUCUGAUGGACAAAAGGGACGAUGGCUUAUCGUAAAUGCUGUGUUGGUGGUUGUGUAUCUACCAGCAAGACUCAUUGCCUUUUUAAUCUUCCCAAAGAUGAUGGUUUAAGAAAAUUAUGGCUGUCUUUUUUGAUACCCACCAAUGUGGAACUAAGUGGUUUGUCGAAAGAUCAGUUGGUGAAUAAGCGUGUCUGCCACGACCACUUUGACCGAUAUCAAUUUGACGGAAUGGGUAACCGUCUUAAAAAUGGCUAUCCAUGUUUAUUUACCCCAAAAGAAAUAUACCAUGGGGUUCCUCUUAGUGCUUGUGCUGAAGACCAUCUGAGUGACCAUAAUUAUGUAUUACAAAUGGACAUUGGUGAUGAAGAUGAGUCUGAUGAAAAUGACACUUCAGAUAUUGUUAAAGGAAAUAUUUUUUAUGAAUCACUGAACUCUCAAGUUCCUAAGGGUUCUCCUACGGUACUUGAAGCAAUCAGUCAACUAACAAAGGAAAUUAACACAAUAAUUGAAAUGGAAGAAAUUGUACCUUCAAAGAUGACUACAACAUCAGAUAAUGGCGCACACACUCCCGAAAAGUCGAUUUAUAGAUGCUCCCACUCCAAUGAUCAAGAGAAACCAGCCAACUGUGAAAGAACUUCGAGAUUACUAGCCAAUGAAGACAGUCACCCACAGCGAACUUACAGCAAACCUUUAUCAUCAGGAUUUGUAAGAAGAAGAAGGGAGGUGAAUAGUCUUGGAGACCUAAGGCGACAGAGACGAACUACAAAAGAUGCAGGUUCCAAAAAAUCUUUAGCAAUUCAAGAGGGCAAGGAUGAGUCAAUGGCCUCGGUCCUAAAGCAUCAAACGCUACUCUUCAAUAAGCUGAUAGAGAUGCAGGAAGAACAGAGCAGAAAAAUAGAUGAGCUUAAAGGAUCAUCGUCGAUGUGGUCCAUUAUAGAUAAAUCUCAUAAUUCAGCUCCAGACAGCACUUACAUAACAGAGUCUGAGUCAAAUAUUUCAAAAGCAGAUGCUCUGGCACAGCAAGGUGCCCAUUGCCAAAGGCUGGGUAAAGAGGACUGGAAUAAUAUUCACUAUGCACAUGUGCAAAAACAGUUUCAGGCCACACCAGUAUUUUCUUCCCUCAAGGUAAAUAACCUGUUAGCAGAAGCAACUCCAAAUGUGACAUCUUCAUCUUUGUUAGAAAAGUUUGAUCUUACUUUAGGUGCAAUCACGAAUGGUCUCCUGCAGCAGAGAAAAAUAUUUGGUGAACUAUUUGAUAAUUUACCUAAAGAGUUGAAACACAAAGAAUUUUUUGCCAGCAACUCCAAGUUCCGAAAGAGCUCUGACGAUCUCUUGCAAUAUGUUUGUGGACGCAGAGCAGAAACUAUUCAACAAAGAAGGGAUACAUACAAAAUAAAUAAUAAAUCAUUACAUAAACUAAUACACAGCAUUCCACCAUCAGAAACACAUCUUUUUAAAGAACCAGAUUUGUCACAAGCGGUAAAAGAUCAAGGAGGUAUUCAGAAGUUCUUUCCCUUAAAAAAUGCGGUCCGACGUUCAUCACGAGUUGACUACAAAACCUGAAACACGAGUACUACUGGACAAGUUGUUCAGUUCAGUUAUUGACAAACUGUUUGACAGUGCAAACUUAUGGAAGCAAUAAGAAAAGUGAAAUUAGGGAUUGCAAUUACUCCCAUAUCAAACCAUGUAAAGUUCUGGAGACAAGCUAGGAAAUCUUUAAAAAACCAUGAAGUUCAUAGAUUCCAUCAGCAAAAGAGAAUGGUUUAUAAUUUUAGAGACCAUAGAGAGGAUAGCUUGCUAGUAAAAAAUAAUUCGGAAUAUUAACCAUCCCUUAGAAAUUUAUUCUUCUUACCCUGUGAAAAUUUUAUCAGAUCUUGUAUAAAGCCAAGCUCUGAAGACUAUGUUCUAAACCUACAAGCUCUCUACUAUUAUUUCUGCACUGUUGUAAAUUAUAUAUUUUUAAAAAAAUAUUCAAUACAGCCGACCUACUAAUGCGACACGGAGUAACAACAGCUACGUAUGCCGAUACCCUAAAAUAGUAAUAUACAAAAGAGUAAUUUUCAUAAUAACUUAAUAUGUCGGUGAGGAGAAUGGAGCUAACGCGGGAACAGUUUCGGGCGAUAAUUUUUCACAACUUCCCAAGAAUCAAAGUAUGUAGCUUAAGUGGUCAACGGUUUCAAGGCUCAGUAGAGACAGUCAACGCUUACAAAUCGGCCGUUUCGACUAUGCCCUCUUCAGACUGGAAUUAUUGUUAGGAUCGAUCGAAUGCAAAAAUCAUCGAUUGCCAGGGACAAUCGAUCCAAACAACGGAAAUAAAAAAUAUUGUAUUAAU